GGAAGCUGAGCUGGUGUGUAAUGAUAGGGCAGCGGCGGCGGCUGCAGCAACUCUGGCAGCUCAGGGAGGUGGGGGAGGCCGGAGCCCGUGCCACACAGGUGCUCCAGAGGCGUAAUUAGAUAGCUCUGAAGGCUAAAAUAUACCUCUGAGUUUUCACCUGUGAACACAAAAGCGCUGAGAGAGACACAGAAAGCAAAGACGAAGAGAGACAGCAUAGUGAUCAGUUACACCUAGAGAAACCAAAGUUGAAAGUUUGUUUUUUCUUCCUCUGUUUUUAUUUUUUCUCCCCCCUGUUGUGGCACUGCCAUGGUCAGAAAGCCAGUUGUGGCCACCAUCUCCAGAGGAGGCUACCUACAGGGCAAUGUGAGCGGGGGGCUGCCCCCCAUGGGUGGCCAGGAGGCACCUGGGCAAGAGAAGGUGGUGCUGAAAAAGAAGAUCACUCUGCUGAGGGGGGUCUCCAUCAUCAUCGGGACCAUCAUCGGAGCGGGCAUCUUCAUCUCCCCCAAGGGCAUACUCCAAAACACGGGCAGCGUGGGCAUGUCACUGACUGUUUGGUCUGCCUGUGGAGUAUUGUCACUGUUUGGAGCCUUGUCCUAUGCUGAACUGGGAACAAGCAUAAAGAAAUCAGGUGGUCAUUACACAUACAUCCUGGAGGUCUUCGGCCCAUUACUAGCUUUUGUCCGAGUCUGGGUGGAGCUACUCAUAAUACGCCCUGGAGCAACUGCUGUGAUAUCCCUGGCAUUUGGACGUUAUAUUCUGGAACCAUUUUUUAUUCAGUGUGAAAUUCCUGAACUUGCAAUCAAACUCAUAACAGCUGUGGGCAUAACUGUGGUGAUGGUCUUAAACAGUAUGAGUGUCAGCUGGAGUGCCCGGAUCCAGAUUUUCCUAACCUUUUGCAAGCUCACGGCAAUUCUGAUAAUUAUAGUCCCUGGAGUUAUACAGCUAAUUAAAGGGCAAACGCAGCACUUUAAGGAUGCCUUUUCAGGAAAAGAUGCAAGUCUAAUGGGGUUGCCGUUGGCUUUUUAUUAUGGGAUGUAUGCCUAUGCUGGCUGGUUUUACCUCAACUUUCUUACUGAAGAGGUAGAAAAUCCUGAAAGAACCACCCCACUUGUGCUUUGCCUCUCUCUGCCUGUAGCAAGUUUGGCCUAAAUUGUUUCAUUUUAUUCCACUUUCUGGGGAAGCAUUAAUUUGCUUCGUUCUUUCUUUCACCAGACCUUCUCUGAGCGGCUGCUGGGAAAUUUCUCAUUAGCAGUUCCGAUCUUUGUUGCCCUCUCCUGUUUUGGCUCCAUGAACGGUGGUGUGUUCGCUGUCUCCAGGUUAUUCUAUGUUGCAUCUCGAGAGGGCCAUCUUCCUGAAAUCCUCUCCAUGAUCCAUGUCCGGAAGCACACUCCUCUGCCAGCUGUUAUUGUUUUGCAUCCUUUGACAAUGAUAAUGCUCUUCUCUGGAGACCUCUACAGUCUUCUGAAUUUCCUCAGUUUUGCCAGGUGGCUUUUUAUUGGGCUGGCAGUUGCUGGGCUGAUUUAUCUUCGAUACAAACGCCCAGAUAUGCAUCGUCCUUUCAAGGUGCCACUCUUUAUCCCAGCAUUGUUUUCCUUUACAUGCCUCUUCAUGGUUGCGCUUUCCCUGUACUCAGACCCAUUUAGCACUGGGAUGGGCUUCCUCAUCACUCUGACUGGGGUCCCUGCCUACUAUCUCUUCAUUAUAUGGGACAAGAAACCCAAGUGGUUUAGACGAAUAUCAGACAAAAUAACAAGAACAUUACAGAUAAUACUAGAAGUUGUACCAGAAGACUAAUAAAUUAUGAAUAUAAUUCAUCGAAAUCUUGGCUAUAGGCCCAAGGACAGAGAUGGAUCUUACUUCAAGGAAACAACUUGGUGAUGGACUGAAAGAAUCAGUUAUUUCUGUUCAUAUUCUUUGGUGUAUUCAAACCAGUUUCUCAGAAACUUAGUUAUAACUCCAUGUACUUGUAGAAAGCUAAUAUGUAAAUUAUUCCAUGAGUUCACACUGUUCUUGAGUUUGAUGCCUUCCUGUCAGGCCAGGGAAAAGACUUCUUUACAAUAUUUCUUAUCAUGACUGAGAAAGUUUAAAUUGAAGAACAAGAUGUUUUCUGUAUAUUUGGGUUUUGUAAACAUACUUUUACCUACUGUAUAUGUCUAUACUAUGAAAAAUGUUUUCUAUUUUUAUGAAAAAAAAUCAUAGUGCGGCAAAAAGGAUAGGAAAAAUAUUUUACAUUGACAUUGUAUUGCUUUCUCUUGGAAACCAACUUGGAUAUCACUCAUCAUUCAAUGGAUUAUACCCAGAGCAUUGGAACAAAAGCUGGAUGUGUGUGUGUGUGUGUGUGUGUGUGUGUGUGUGUCUGUGUCUCUCUAUGUGUCUCUCUCUGUGUCUCUCUAUAUGUCCCUCUGUGUAUAUGUGCCUGUGUGCAUGUGUAUAUAUAUGUGUGUGUAUUGCUGGGGCUUGAACCCAGUCCUUUGCACAAACUAGGCAAGCAGUCUACCACUGAGGUACAUCCAUACCUAGGUCCUAAUUUUCCUGAACACAUAAAGAAGGCUUGCUAGAGUUAUUGUUUAUGAGGCAACCCAAGGACUUAUGUUUGAGUGAAAAUCCUUAACAAUUUAUAAUGUUAAAUAUGUUUUUCAUUCACUGUCAGAAGCUUCUGUGUUCAGUGUGUCGUUUUGUUUUCAUAGUAUUCAUUUGGUUGGGAAAAUGAGUACAGCUUGGUAUGACAUCCACUUAUGAACCACCUCUGUAGUAAUUUACUGCUUCACGAAUAAACUUGCUUAAAUCUUCACAUGACGAUAUAAAUAUGGGAAAAAUUGCCAAUAAGAAAUCCCCAAAUAUUAAGCUUACCUCUAUAACUAUGUGUAUGUGCAUUGUUAGUAACUCUGAUCACUCUUCUUUUUCUCUAAGGUUGUUUUUACAUGGUAAUGAUCUUUGAUAGUUUGUGUCUUUCCUUUACAGUCUGGUUAAAAUAUGGUUCCAGGUGAACUAUUUGGAUCAAUUAGGAAAGGACACAGAUUGACAUAAAAACUGUGGAAGAAACGGUAUUGAUAAAUAAGAUUUACAGCAGAUUUAAAAAUUUUUUCUACUUCUGAAUUUAAGCUCCUUCCAUCACUUUCUCACCUUAGAUAUCAUUCAACUUGCAAAGGAGCUAACUAAGAAUAAUGUAUUGGAAGGGGAGUCUGUCGGCUGUGUGCUCACAUGGGUGUUGUUAUGCCGGUGCUAGAGAACACUAUGGAAUUUUCAAACGAGAUUAAUAUAAUGGUGAAAAUUGUUGACAUUUGUUUGUACCAUCCAAGGAUGAAUUGCUCAGCACGACCACAGUAAAUUUCAUCUCCUAAUUUUUUUUCAUUCAAAAAUAAGAAAAUUUCAAAAAUUAUGCUAAUUAAAGUCAUUAAAUGUUCAUAGAUAAUUGCCCAAAAUAGAAAUGAUAAUUUUUAAUUUUGAGCAAUUCACCAAUUUCAAUUAUUUUGUUUUCAGUAACAUGUAGUAUGUACCCAUGGUUGAGUGUUGUUUUUUAUCAAACCUAGUGUUUAGUUUUCUAAGUAAAUUUGUAACAAUCUGGGGGGGGGGCUUUUUUUUACUGACAUAGGCUUUUCAAAAUGUUAUUUGUAGUCUCUAGUCCCAAUAUACACUGUUCAUUUUGUUCAUAUUUUUCACUAAUAUAUAUUGUUAGAGGUGAUGUUUCUAUUACUGUCUAGACUCAUAAGAUCCAAAAGAGCAGGUUCUUCUUGAACUAUUUCUUAUAAAAGAUGGAAUAACUCAUCCUGGAAAGGAUCUGCAGCUCUUGGUUCUCCCUGAGGCUAAUGUCCUCCUUCCACCAUGGCAGAUUGAGCUCAAUCUUCAGUGUUAAAGCAUCUUUAAAUGCAUCAUUGUGCAGGCUAGCAAGAAUGCACUUCAUUCUUCUCCCUCUCCUUUCAAAAGGGUUUUUUAUAUUGUUAAAUUUGUAAUGCCAUUAUAAUGCCACUUUAACCAAGCAAACACCUCAGCCAGUGUCUCUUUUCAAAAGCUGUUGAUUGAGUUGUCCUUCUGCUUAUUUUGAGGGUAUACCAUAAGAAGACUCAGAGUAAUUCAUAGUUAUAGUUUUUAUUUAAAAUGAUAGUGUGCAAGGCUUAUUCUUGCCGAGAAACUAUCCUGUACAUUUGUAUAUGUGUGUCUUUAUAUGAAAUAACCCUUUUCUCAUAUCUUAGAUUGAUAUACAUAUGCAUGAAUGGAAGACAUGUGAAACAUCGUACCAGUGUAUUUGAAUGUUACAUCAACCUAUAAGUUAAUUACUAUAACACACAAAUUCAGUCAAAACAGUUUAAGAGAAAUAAUAUUCUACUUUCAAAUAUUCUUUGCUUAAUACCUAAAACCUCAAAUAUAUGAUUGUGACUUUUAAAGGUCUUG